AUGACAAGCAGUGAUACGAACGUCGCUAUAGUUCUUGCGACUCCGGUGAUCUCCAGAAAUUCCUGUGACAUGUCCCAUCUUAUUCAGUCAAUGUGUGUCAGCGAUUCUAAUACAUACGCAAUUGAUCAAGGACAAGAACAUCGAAGUCGACCAAAGCCACCUCCACCUAUUAAACCUGCAACACUUAAGAACAAAAUUGGCUGUAGAAGUACUCAGAACUUAUUUUCUCCACAAACCUCAAAACCUGACCUUUCAAUAGCUGAUAAAAGUUUACCGAGAGCUCCUUCUGAUGUGAUUAAUUCAUCAGAAACAGCAAGCGAAGAAAGAACCAAUCAUGCAGGAGAAGUAAUAUACAUCUCAGAAGAUAUCAUACCAGAGUCUGAUCCAUCGUUUGAGGCGAUGCGGAUAACGGCUUUAUGUAUUGAAGAAUUUAAAAAGGUUGAAAAUGAUUCACAUACUUUGGAAUCUGCUGAGAAACCAAAUAGUGGAACUAUAAUUACUAAUAAACGAGCAAGCUUCAUUAACGAAGAGAUCAAAAAACCUAAAAUAAAACCACCACCACCACCCAUUCAAUCUCAUAUACGUCGCUCUCAGUCUGGAAGAGAUACCAGUAAGGUCGAGGCUAUUAGAAGAAAAUUGAAUUUGGAAGGUGUUUUUGACACUAACCGAAAUAUCGCGCCGAAUAAUGCGAGUAUUGAUGAGAGUACUUCAUUAAAUACUCAUAGAUUUGAGCGGUGUCUGGAGAGCUUGGACAUACCCAGUGUACCAUCAAUACCACCACCAUUGCCACCAAUGCUCUCACCUCAUGAUGUUCUUAAUGAUGAGACGUACGAAGAAAUUGAACAACUAACCUAUGCUGAGGAAAAUGGCGAAACUGGUAAUAAAACGGAAACAGUUGAUGAGCUAAUCGAUGAGGUUUUAAUGCGAGAAUCAAAUUGUGACAAAAGUUCAAAGCAUCCGCAAAUGCACGAAACACUGACUAAUACUGAUAACUUUUGUAGUGGACAAGGUGAAUUUUAUACUGAUAGAAAAGGAAAUCAAUUCAAUGAUAAAAGUAAUAUAUAUCCGAGCAACAACCAUUUUGGAGCAACGCUACGAGAAUUCAAUGAGAGUAAUGUAAGGCCAGACGAGAAAGCAGCCACGAUGAGAAGGCCAAAAAGUGCCUUGGAAUUCGAUAAAUUAUUGCGAAUUAAAUCCGAUAUUCAGUUAAAUAUCACGAGAAAGGUCGGCCAAAUCAAAUUCAAAGUAAGCUCAGCGUCUCAAGAAAGGCAGCGAUGUAAACGCCUUUCAUUUAUUGAUCGAGAAAGAUCGAAGAAUUAUAGUAAUGAUAAAGUUCUGGCUAAAAUAGAUUUUCCUUUGGAUGAACAGUGUAUUUAUGGUGAUGUUUGGUCUUCAGAUGAAGACGAUUAUAUUUGCAGUACAGAUCAGAAACAAGAGCAAGCACAAAUGCAAUCUCAAAAAGGCAAUCUCGGUGAGGUGAUUAAUGUUGGCAAGGAUAAGUCAGAUGAACCAUAUUCGAUGUUAUCGGAAAUUGAGCGAGAGCUUCGUCUAAGAUUCCAGACUCAUAACAAUCUUCCCGAUAUUGUGCUGGAAUCAAGGAGAAGAUCUAUGAGUGCCGAUCCACUCGUCCAUGAUAGUACCUCGAUUACAGCCAAAAGAGAAAAUGCAUCAUGUGGCUGGAGAUGCAUCCAAGGCUAUGGCAGUGACAAUGAUGGUGUUUGUUGUCAGACUAAAGAUGAUAAACAGAAACCAUCAACAGAAGGUUAUGAAACUAUUAUUUCAUCAAUUUCGCCAUCAUCCGAGCAUAACUGCCUACCGAGUACGUCAUCAGAUUACACCUUAAGAGAAAUCGAUCGCUCAAUUUAUACUGCAAGGGUAAUUCCUGAUCCGCAACCGCUUUAUCAAAUCUACAUGAUGGAGCAGAAUGGUCAGCUGAUUUAUGAGACCAAGGAACAGAAAAUCACGCAACCGAGUUUUAGUGGGAAAAGUAUCUCUAAGAUGCAACGAGUUGCCUCGACUGCUUCAACCGAUAGCGGACGUGGCGCAGACUGUUCUACAACUGUGUCGCAGCCUACGUCCAACACAUCAAUGAGACGUGAACGUUUGGUUGCAGGUAGUCAUUUUGCUAGUCAACGAUCGCUAUGGUGUGAGCUUCCAGAAGUAAGAAAUGCGGGUUUGUUGGAAAGAUUGGACGAAGAUAUGAAAAAGCUGCAGGAAGCAUAUUUCGAAGUGAUUACCAGUGAAGCUUCUUAUCUUCGUUCAAUUAAUAUCCUAAUUACCCAUUUCAUGGCUGCUCCUGAAAUGCUCGGUUCGAAAAGACCUUCUUCAACAAUAACAAAUGAAGAACGAAAACAACUUUUCAGCAAUAUAUUCGCUGUUCGAGACUGUAGUGAGAAGUUAUUAUCAGAUUUGGAGAAUAGACUACAAGAAAGUUUGGUACUGUCCGAUAUUUGUGAUAUCUUAUGUGAUCAUUUUGAAACAAAUUUCGAUCCUUAUAUUAAAUAUUGCUCUAAUCAAGUUUAUCAAGACCGAACACUUCGAAAACUCAAAUCUGAAAAUCCUUCAUUUCUGUCGUGCAUUCAGCGCCUGGAAAGUGACCGUCUAUGUCAAGGACUGGACAUGCGCUCAUUCCUAAUGUUACCUAUGCAAAGAGUUACUCGUUAUCCACUUUUGAUGAUUGCGAUUCUCGAGCAUGCACAGCAAGAUGCAGCAAACUAUCAGACUGCCCAAAUUGCAUUGUAUUUAGCCAAUCAUAUUGUCACUUGCUGUAAUGAAGGUGCCCGACAUAUGGAGCGUACCGAACAAUUACUAGAAAUUGAGCGUCGCCUCGUUUACAAAUCUUCUGAUUUGAGACGUAUUCCGCUGGUUUCAUCAGGACGUUAUUUAGUUAAACGUGGGUCGCUCAUAUGUCUGAAUGAAAAGCGAUCUAAGAAACUCUUAAAUACUCGACAACAAUUCCAGAGCAUAUAUAUUUUUCUUUUUAAUGAUAUUAUUAUGUUAACGAAGAAGAAAGUUAAUGGAACUUAUAUAUGCAAAGAUUAUUCCGCAAGAAGAUUUGUCGAUAUUGAACCAGUUGAAGUUAACGAUCCCAAGUUGUUGCAGUCCGUAACAGCACAUAUUCCGCUGAAGAAGCCGCAUCUUUUCAUUUGUACUCUCAUGCAUAAUGCUGUAGGGAAACAAGUGGAGCUUCUUUUGAAUGCAGAUUCCGAAACCGAUCGUGAACGAUGGUUGUCCGCACUAAGACCACCUACUUGCACCAAUCCAGAAGAAAAGAUCUAUGCUGAUUGGGAUUGCCCACAAGCUGUCGCUGUGCAUCGGUAUUCUCCGAGCCAAGAAGAUGAGUUACCACUGGAGAGAGGCGAUUUAAUCAAUAUACUGCGUAAAAUGCCAGAUGGUUGGUUUUACGGUGAAAGAGUUCGUGAUUGUUACAGUGGCUGGUUUCCAUCUUCAUAUGUUCAGCAAGUACUCAAUGAUCAUGUUCGAGCAAAAAACUAUCGGCAGCGUUUACGUGUCAUUCAGGCAGCUGCUGAUUUUCGUUUCCAUCAAAAGCAAAUGAAAAUAGGAACUGAAGAAAAUGCUCGCCAUAUAAUGGAAAGAUUUCGUCGAUUGAGUAACACAAAAAGUGCACUAAAAGAUUUGAAAUCAAAUCAAACAUGUUAA